GGCAAAAAACAGACAGUCAAUUCAUUCAAGCAUUUUAUUUGGACAGAAUGGAAGGCAGAAAAGCAAAGCGAAAAACCAGACAUGUCACUUCAUUAGGGGACUACGACUGCACAUCCUCCUCAUCCUCCUCCUCCUCAGCCUCCUCAUCCUCCUCGUCAUCCUCCUCCUCCUCCAGCUCCUCUCCUCGACAGCUUCAGGCAGCAGAGCCAGUGGCGGGGACCAGCAAGCCCACCCGUUGCACUGUCUACAGGCGCAAAAUUAAAGCGGCAAAGGACAAAAAAGUCCUCCAAAGUAGCAGGGGAAAGCCACAGCACCAGCCUGGGGACCCCUGCUACAUCUGUGACCAAGCACGCACGGUGGAUGGUGGCCACGCGUACUUCAAGGGCCAAUACUUUUGUGCUGUGAAAGAGGGCCCUGGAGGACGCACAGUGCAAGAGUGGACCAGGGAACAGCUUGGCCCUGGUGAGCUGCAGAAGCUCCCCAGAACAACAGCCUGGAACCUCAAAUGAAGGUAUGAGAAACCAGAGAA